UUAAUAUUAAUAAAAAAUUAAAAUGUUAGAACAAAUAUGUGAUUCUCCAAUUUGGACACAAUCCCAAUCCUGGGACACUCAAUCACCUACAUUGAGCUCAUGUAUGAUUGAAACGGCAUUUGUAUGGUUGCCGGCAAUCUUCUUGUUUUUAUGUAUACCGUAUAUGAUAUGGGAUUGUCUUAAAUCCAAUAAAAAAUCAAUUCAUUGGAAUUAUUAUAAUAUUAGCCGAUUAUUGAUAACAAUUGUGUGCACUGGGAUUGCAUUAAGCAAAUUGAUACUAUGUUUUUGUCGCAAAUAUCAAUGGGAUGACAAUCCAACAACUGGUCAUUUAAUAUCAACAGUAGUACAAACCACUACCCGUUUAAUUCUUUGUAUAGUUUUCUAUUGUCACCGAAAAUAUGGUAUUCACUAUAGCGGCUGUAUUUGGACUUACCUGGUAUUGGACACUAUUCUCGGUUCACUAUCUGUGGCCACAUUUGCCACACAAGUUAUGCGAUUGAAAUAUGAAUUCAUAUUAUAUUGUAUACAAUUUUCAUUGACUGUAAUCAUACUAUUGUUUUGUUCAUUUGCCGACCAAUUGCCACCCAAUAGUGAUAAUACAGAGACAAAUGAUGAUAAUAUUUGUCCCGAAGACAAGGCAUCGUUUCCAUCAAAACUAACAUUUCAUUGGAUGAAUAAUUUAUUAAUAAAGUUUUUAAAACAAAAAUCAUUGAAAAUUACUGACAUAUGGCCUGUUCGACAUAAAAACAUAAAAAAUCAAACACUUUAUGUCCAACUGAUUUGA